AUGAAAAACAAGACAAACUCUCGGAGAAUUAACUGUUCUCUUUGCCGUUGGACAAUACCUGUUCUUGUAUUUAUUUCGAUACCAAUUAUCGUAUAUGCUAUAGUCGCUGUUAUUCAAGCUAAACAUAACUCAACACCAUUGGAUAUUCCUACAUCGAACACGAGCAUUAUCAAUAGAAAGUAUAAUUUUUCAAUAAAACGUUUACUCACAAUCGAUUCAGUCGCCGAUGCAAACGUUUGCAAUAUAAACGAAACAGCCGAAGAUUGCGUUCUGGUUUAUAAUGCAAAAGUUUUCAUGAAUGCACUUUCAUUGAUUCCUUCAUCAACAUCAAAUAGUUCGUUUAAUUUUCCAGAAAAUUCUACAAAUAGUACGCUUGAUUGUAAAGAAUUACGAAUUCGUCGAAAUCAAUUAUCACAAAUAUUUGAUUCUGUCACUCUUGAAACAAUCUUCAAUGUUUCUGGUGUUCCAUACUUAGCAGAUAAUAAUAUAAAUUCAUUUUAUCGACCAGAAUCGCGUUCACAACUUGAUGCUCGAUCUCUAACAAGUAGAUGGAGUACACCAAUUAAUUAUUUUAUAAGUCGAACAACUGAUUUUACUCCAUCGAUGAUUGCUAAUAUUCAUACUGCUAUUUCGCUUUGGAAAAAUAAUACAUGUUUGACAUUCAAUGAACUGUCGUUCAUAGCACCAACCACCAAUAAAUCUUAUAUUCUAUUUCAACGUGAUGAUCAAUAUGGAUGCUCGAGUCCCGUAGGCUAUGAUAUAACUGAUCCAACAUCAGUUAUACUUAUUUCAUUUUACUGUGGUUCUGUUAUUGGUUCAAUAAUGCAUGAAAUCGGACAUACACUCGGUUUUAUUCAUACACAUCAACGAGUCGAUCGUGGCUCGUAUGUAUCAAUUGCAACAUCUAAUAUUCUACCGAAUUAUGCUGGCAAUUUUUUUAUUUGGUCAAUCGGAACAAUCCAAUUUCCUGAUAUUACUUUUCUUUAUGAUUAUGGUUCCAUUAUGCAUUAUGAUACAUAUGCAUUUUCAAAUAAUCAUCUGCCAACAAUAAUCGCACUUGACAGUCGAUAUGGAAAAACCAUGGGACAAAGACAAAGAGCAGCAUUUUAUGAUUAUAAAGAAAUCAAUCGACUUUAUUGCACUCGGACAGGUUGUCCACAAAUGUUUAGUAACAAUGCUUGUCACAAUAAUGGUUAUCUUGAUCCAAGAACAUGUUCAUAUUGUAUAUGUCCAGAAGGUUUCGGCGGUACUAAUUGUGACGAAAGAGAUGCACAUAGUAAUUGUGGAGAUAUAAUUCUUAAUCCAACACCAUAUUCAUCUGCACAAAUCACAAUUGAAAAUCCUGCACCUAGCAGCACAGUUUCCACAGCACAAUAUUGCGUUUAUCUUAUUCGAUCUAUUUCACCGGGAAAAAUUCAUUUACGAUUAGAUUCAUUAAAUACCAUAGCAACUGCUGUAUGCAGCUUAAGAUCAUCAAUUGAAGUUAAAUAUCAAAAUGAUCUUGCUUUGACUGGUGCUCGAUGGUGUGGAAAAACGAUAACUUCGGAUUGGUUGAAUGUGACGGCAGCAACAAAUACAAUGUUAGUUAUAUUCCGAGCAAAUAAUUCAAUUAAUGCUAAAAGUGGCCUGCCUGAAUCUGGUUUUCAUGCUACGAUUUUCUUUGAUCCUGAACCAAUGCCUGUUACUUUAAGCUCUACUGCAAUUAUAACAACUACUACUGUAAGUACUACAGUAUCUGCAUUUGUGCCAAUUAAUAUUUUAACAACAAUUGGAACAACCACAUCGGCAUGUCCCCAAUCGUCGUUUCGUUGUCAAUUGCCAUCCCAACCCACGUGUGGUGGAUGUUUAAAUUAUCAGCCUUGUAGAACUGAAGGUACUCAGCAAUGUACUAGAUAUAAUUUGCAACCUCAACUGACCGGUUGCGAUCAAAUCAUUAAUGGCGUUGCUCAAUGUCGAUACAUAUUUAAUCGAACACCGUAUAUAACCAGUUGCCAACGUACCGUUCUUCUCUGUUGUCCUAAUUAUCGACUUCUAUCAAUUCAAUCAAACUAUUUUUGUGUAUAUAAUCCUCAGACAAGCAUUCUUUCCAAUCAAUGGUCACUCAUUCUCUAG